AGGAAGUAAAUUGCUAGAAAAUAAAUACGAUAAAAAUGAUUGAAAAGAGAUGGAAACAGUAGUGUGCCAAACGUAUCUUGUUUGAAUAAUAUAUAAAUUAUAUAAAAGGAAAUUAUUUACAAUUUUUCUUUUUCGUUGAAAAAUUAUUUUAUAAAUUAAAUAUCAAACGAAAAUUUAAAUUUCAAAGAAUUUGAGGAGAUAUCGAAUCAAAAUGGGAAUAGGAAUAUAUUCCGGCGGAAGUCGUAUUUUCGUUGGAAAUACUCCAUCCUUUCUGAUACAUCUCUUUUUUGAAUACGGACGAUAGUUUGAUGCUUCACGCUACUUGAAUUUUUGUUUGCAUCGUUAAUAUCAAUGUGGAAAUAAAUAAAUAGAUAAGGACAGUAGAUAAAGCGUAUCUUCAAUAGGUAUCAAUAAGAUAAUGAUAACUUUUGUAUUUGAUGAAUUCAGUUGAUAUUUAAUGUAAAUUUAAUAGAAAGAAAUAUAUUAGAAAAAUUAUUUAAAAUGAGUGCGGAUACAACCUUACAUUCAGACGAACGGUAAAUGACAAUACAUCUUUUUUUGCAAAAUUAUUACAAUAUUUAUCAAAUUGAUAAAACAAUAAUUUAUUUAUUACACAUACACACACAUCCACACACAACACACACAUACAGCAGUCUCAAUUGCAAAAGAUCAACGUACAUGGAUUGGGAUGAAUAUUUUAUGGCUGUAGCAUUUUUAGUUUCAAAGCGUAGUAAAGAUCCAGUUACUCGUGUAGGAGCCUGUAUAGUCGAUAAUGAAAAUAGAAUAGUAGGUGUCGGAUACAAUGGUAUGCCCAGAGGUUGUAGCGAUGAUAUAUUUCCUUGGAAAAAGAAGUCUGAUAAUAAAUUAGAUGAAAAAAAACUAUAUGUAUGUCAUGCCGAAAUUAAUGCUAUUUUAAAUAAAAAUUCUAAUAAAUUGAAGAAUUGUAAGAUGUACGUAGGUCUCUUUCCAUGUAAUGAAUGUGCAAAAGUAAUUAUUCAAUCUGGACUGAAGAAAAUUAUUUAUAUGUCAGAUAAAUAUAAUUUUAAAAUUAAAACUAUAGCAGCGAAAAGAAUGUUUGAUGCUGCAAAUGUUAAGUACAUACGAUAUAUACCAAAAAACAAUAAAAUUGUGAUUGAUUUUAAUGAAAUUAAUCACAUUCCAAAUAUGAAAAAUUUAGAAUCUGCCCUUGUUGAGACUAGUUGCGACAAACAGAAUCAUAAUGAUAACGACUGUGAUGAAUCAACUUUAUCAUUAAAAAAUGAUAAAAGUUCGACGAAUGCAGAGAAAAUUGAUGAUGCGAACGAAGAACAAAAUUUAACUGAAAUGAAAAGUUUAAUGAAAUAGUAUUUUUAUAUAGAUUAUGUAUAUAUUUGUUUAUUUAUCGUUUAUUUUCUUCUUGACAUGGUAUAGGUCAAAUCUUAUUUAAAUAAGACGUCACCAUAAAGUCACAAUUGUGACUUACUGCUGCACAGAUUGGUAUUCUCAGAAAUUCAGUCAAUAUUUACAUAUAAAAUUUAAUGAAGAAUAGGUACAAACGCAGGUAGAGAAUACCACUUCUUUUAAUUUUUUACACAUAUAGUUAAUUUUAUUUUCCACUUUUAUCGGCCGUGGAUAUGUAAGAAAUAAAUAAACUAAUGUACAGAAAAUGAAUUAAUUUUUGUAAUAAUACAAGUAUAAUAUUAAGUAUAUAUAA